AGUGUUCGGGUGCUUUUUUUUUGCGUAUUGUUCGGAAUAUUUCCAAGCGUUGGCAUUUCCGUAGUCGCAUUUUAUUUAUAGCACAUAUCAGAAACGGCAGACACACUAUGCCGAAACUAAAGAGCUUGCUGCCUAACAUAUUUGGCAGCAACAAAGACGAUAAAAACGUUGAGGGACGCUUGGAGACAGAUGCAUUGCCUGUUGACGAUAAUGGAGAAGAUAACAACAAUAGCGGCGCUCUCUCGCUGCCCUCAACUACACCAACCGCAUCUGCUGAUUUAACAGAAUCUGUGCUGCGCGAGCUAUCGGAUCCAAACUACAACUCGAUGGAUGUAGUGCAAUCAGCACAAAUACCUGGAUCCUCACUGGUCAGCAGCGAAGGUGGCAGUAACAACAAUAACACAAUGAACACAAUGAAUGUACAUAAUGCACAGCAACAGUUUGUAAUGAAUUUCUCGAAUGCUAGCAACCUGCAUUUUGGUUCUGUUUAUAAUUUCAAUCAAAACACGAGCGCGUGCAGCUCGCGUAAGAGUAGCAACGCCACAGAGGAAGGCGCAGCAGCAGCGUCUGGCAUUUCACCUGAUGGCAAGCGACACUUGCCGCGUAAAACAGUUAGCAUUGUGGCCAUGAUGCAGUCACAGCAGGAGCCCGAUGUGCAACUGCUCACUUGUGUGUCCAAGCAUUUAGGCGAGGGCUGGAAGCAUAUAAUGCGUAUGCUCGGCCACUCCGAGGGCGAGAUAGAGCAGGCUAUUAUGGAUCAUAUGGUGCAGGGCAAUACAAGUGAGGUCAUCUAUCAAUUGUUGCUGAAAUGGGUAAGAGAAUCGGCCGAUGGCGUUGCUACCGUGGGACGACUCACUACGCUGUUAUGGGAGGAGAGUCAUCGUGAAUGCGUAAUGCGCAUGAAACUGGUUUGGAAGGCGCUGGAGAAACGCAAGACUUCCAGCUAGUCAGUCAGCUGUAUUCUCAAAACAAUGUUAUUUUUUCAAGUGAGACAUGCAAGGUAAUUUCCAAUAGUUGCAUGCAGCUUAAUUAAGCUUAAACUUUUGUGCAAUGUACUAUUUUUUAUAAACAUUUUUAAACAGAUGGCAUUAGGCAAAAUGCAAACUUCGAAUAAGUGCCUAGAAUUGUUUGUUGUUAAUCAAUCAGUAAUUCGUAAAUUGUAAAUUUUGUGAUACUUAAGUCAAGCCUUAAUAUUUUU